CGAGAUACGCUUAUCGCUCAAUGCGGUGCAAUAACAACACCAAUACCAACUGCCUUACAUCAGCAUAGGCAUUCAAGAGGCAAAGAGUCAUGUUCUGCAGCAUACAUGUACCUCCCCUACCAAACGUUCAAGAACUUUCCUCCAGACUGCCAAUGUUUGUGCCACCCAUUUCCCCCUUUCUUUCCUGCCCUUCAUGUCUUCCGCUCUUGCUAACGCCAUACGAUCUUAAAGAAGAAAAAAAAACAAUCGCUUCCCGUUGACCGCCGACGCAACGUGGUUUAUGUUUAUUUGAAGAUGAGGAACAGCGUUUAGUUUUAGUUCGGCAUCCGUACAACGCACACCACUGGCCGGUGUAAAAGUUUCAGAAGCAAAUCAAAGUUUAAGAUCAGUUUUUAGGUUUUCUGUAAAAUUCUACCAUCAGCUUAUUGUCGUAGAGCACUUUGAACGAGCAGUAACGAAAGGUUACAACGGAUUGACAGUCGAACCGGAACGACAACAAGCUAUGAAAAUGCUGUUCGUAUCUGCAAUGAGCAUCUGUCUGUUGAUCAAUUAUGCCGUGUCCGCAAUACCUAAACCAGAUGAAAAACGAGUGCUGGAUCAUGAUCCACUAAGCCACGCACAACAUUACCAAAACGAUGAGCAUAACAAACAGUACGAUCAUGAAGCAUUUCUGGGCGAAGACGCCAAGACAUUCGAUCAGCUCGAAGCGGACGAAAGCAGAAGACGCUUAGGCCUCAUCGUAGAUAAAAUAGAUGGCGACAGCGACGGGUUCGUUAAUCUGUCUGAGCUGAAGGCGUGGAUACAGUACACGCAGCGGCGCUACAUCGACGAUGAUGUCAACCGGCAAUGGAAGACGCACAAUCCCAACAACACGGACAAAGUGCACUGGGACACGUACCGGAAGAAUGUGUACGGAUUCCUGGACGAGCUGGCAUCGCACGAAACGGAUCAUCCGAGCGACGAACACUUUUCCUACAGGGCGAUGAUGAAGCGCGAUCGACGCCGCUGGAGCAUUGCGGAUCGUGACGGAGACGACGAGUUGACGCGCGAAGAGUUUACCGAUUUUUUGCAUCCCGAGGAAAGCACCCAAAUGCGCGACGUAGUCGUAACGGAAACAAUCGAAGAUAUCGAUAAGGAUAAUGACGGGAAGGUGUCGGUCGAAGAGUACAUCGGUGAUAUGUACCGGCAAGGCGAACCGGACGAAGAAGAACCCGACUGGGUGAAGCAUGAACGGGAAACGUUUACCAAUUUCCGCGACAAAAACAAGGAUGGAUUUAUGGACAAUCAGGAGGUAAAGGAUUGGAUAACGCCAGCGGACUUUGACCAUGCGGAAGCGGAAGCACGCCAUCUAAUCUACGAGGCAGAUUCUGACGCGGACGAAAAAUUAACCAAGGAUGAAAUUAUUGAAAAGUAUGAUUUGUUUGUCGGUUCGCAGGCAACCGAUUUUGGCGAGGCUUUAACGCGGCACGAUGAGUUUUAAACCUAGUUCAUGGUACUCAAUACAGUAAUGAAGUACGCGGUGUCAUUAUUAGGCAAGGUAUACUUUUGUACACAAACACUUUCGUUUUCGCAUCGAUACUGCAGUGACUGAACCGUUUAGUAUACUCCCAUUUGCCAUACGAAGGUAGCAAAGGAACGACUAAUGAACAAAUAAUAUUAGAUAGUAAAAAGAUCUGAUUUUAUUACAAUAUUUCUCGUGCUAACUCUCUAACAUUUAGUUUAAGUUAUAAUAUGUUACUUGCAUGUAGAUGUAAUGAUUUGCAAUUAGUUGUUGAUAUUAACCUCUGUAUUGUUGGCAGGAGUAUCCAGUACAUUCACUAGAGCAUUGGUAAAAUUCUCAUAGUUAAACUAUACGUUUCGUCAACUCCGUCGACCACAAGCCAAUAAAACCAUGUUCGAUUAAAAACAUCUA